AGCCUUUCUUUUUUCCUUUUCUAAUGUCCCUCCCUUUACUGAAGUUUCGCACCCGCCCCUGCUUCCACCUUCCUCCCAUUCAUUCCCACCUACUGGCCAAUAUACAGCGCGUCUUCGGUACAGAGCUGAGAGCUCCCCAUUUUUUCUUUUCACUAGUGAAUGCAUAUAAAUAAGGAUUAAAUGCGCGUGUUUUUAUUUGGAACCAUUCCUACUUGACCUUUAAUACCCAUAAAGAGUUUUUCCUUCUCCAUAGAAACCUUCAGAGGACUUCUCUCUCUGUCUCUCUUUCUCUGUGGGCUUUUCUGGCUUUGAGAGAUACAGGGAAGAAAGAAUGGCGACGGACAGCAGCGGUUCGCAGAGCAGGGAGCUCGAUCAGACUCCGACGUGGGCCGUUGCUGGCGUUUGUGCUAUUAUCAUCAUGAUUUCCAUUGCGUUAGAGAAACUCCUUCAUAAAGUUGGAACGUGGCUUACUCAAAGGCAUAAAAACGCUUUGUACGAGGCUCUGGAGAAAAUAAAAAAUGAGCUGAUGAUUCUAGGCUUCAUUUCGUUGCUUCUGACGUUUGGGCAGAGCUACAUUGCCAAAAUAUGUAUCCCAACAAGCGUAGCUGAAACGAUGCUGCCAUGCACGAAAAGUUCGACAUCAACUACGACUGAAGAGAGACGGCGGAGACUUUUAUGGAAUGAAAGGAGAUCUUUGGCGGCUGGUAGCUAUGCUACUAAUUGCUCAUCGGGAACCCCGUUGAUAUCUGUCAAUGGAUUGCAUCAGUUACACAUCCUCAUAUUCUUCCUAGCCUUCUUUCAUGUGUUGUACAGUGCUGUUACCAUGAUGCUUGGAAGGCUAAAGAUUCGUGGCUGGAAGCAAUGGGAACAAGAAACCUCAUCUCACGACUAUGAGUUCUCCACUGAUCCUUCCAGAUUCAGACUCACUCACGAAACGUCAUUUGUUAGAGUUCAUUCCAGCUUUUGGACAAGGAUACCUUUCUUCUUCUAUGUUGGAUGCUUCUUUCGACAGUUUUUCAGGUCGGUUCAUAAGACAGACUACUUGACAUUGCGAAAUGGGUUCAUCGCUGUCCAUAUAGCUCCAGGGAGUAAAUUUAAUUUCCAGAAAUACAUCAAACGAUCACUAGAGGAUGACUUCAAGUUCGUGGUUGGAGUAAGUCCUGUGCUGUGGGCUUCCUUUGUAAUAUUUUUGCUUCUCAAUGUUAAUGGAUGGCAUGCACUGUUUUGGGCUUCAUUGAUCCCACUAAUUAUAAUAUUAGCCAUCGGAACAGAGCUCCAAGCAGUUUUGACAAAGAUGGCUAUGGAAAUCACUGAAAGGCAUGCGGUUGUUCAAGGGAUUCCUCUAGUACAAGGCUCGGAUAGAUACUUCUGGUUUGGUCGGCCUCAUCUAGUUCUUCAUUUUAUCCAUUUUGCUUUGUUUCAGAAUGCAUUUCAAAUCACAUAUUUUCUGUGGAUUUGGUACUCAUUCGGCUGGGAUACUUGCUUCCACGACAAUGUAAAGCUUGCAAUCGUGAAGGUUGCUCUGGGGAUAGGCGUCCUAUUUCUCUGCAGCUACAUUACUCUUCCCUUGUACUCCCUCGUAACUCAGAUGGGCUCAGGCAUGAAGAAAACGAUCUUCGACGAGCAGACAUCCAAGGCUCUCAAGAAGUGGCACAUGGCUGUGAAAAAGAAGCAAGGCACACAGGGUGGCAAAUCCCCUACUCGGAUAUUUGGUCGGAGCCGGAGCCCGAGCCCAAGCCCGUCGACCGUGCGAUCUCCAAGCCAGAGGCUGCGCCGCUUUAAGACGACUGGGCACUCGGUUCGCUCGUACGACAGCAGCGACAACAAUCUAUCUGAGUACGAUGGGGAUGCAUUGUCACCGACAUCCGCCACAAAGAAUUUAAUCGCGAAUGUUGAUACUGAGGAACAGGUAAUACAAGUGAACGACUCUGAUCAUGGGGAUAGAGCCAGUGAUACCGAUGAAUUUUCAUUCGUUAAGACUGCCCCGACGAAAGAACCGUGAACGAGCUGGCUAGGCUUACGAUCUGGGUUGAUGGCGACAGUUGCCUAGGCAAUGUAGUUGUCCAGCAGGGUGUUGAGAAUGGCUCGGAAUGGAGGAGGUAACCAGCUCUGUUCUAGUGUGAGCUCGACAACCCAGAUUUUCAUUAGGGGUCUUCUGCACAAUGUUUAUAAUUUCAUGUAGCACCCAUAAUCUAUGUGGUAGUAGUGAUAUAUUUGUUGGAACUGGUUACUUUGUGCAGUUACCAUAUUUUUGUCCAGUGUCAGUUUUCAGAAUUUCCCAAAGCUAGUAAUAGCCCAAGUAGUUCUAUCUCUGGGGUGUUCUUGUUCAGCAGUCGGCACUAUGAAGACAUUUUGGGACGGAUCUUUACUUAUAGAUCAAGUCAUGAGCUCAACCGCAUUCGAUUCGGAGCUUCGGCCGCUCCAGCUCGAACAGAAUGACACAUACUAUGCGUCCAGUGAAGCGCCGAGAAUCGAAAACUUAACGAGCAGCAUUUGUUUCAUUAUUAUCCUGAAUGAGAAGUUCUAUGAUCGAA